UCCAGUUACCAAUUACCAUACCUUUGGCAUGCAUAUAUAGCUAGCUCCUCGCAAGCCUAAACCAGAGGAAAAACUUGAUUUGUCAUCUUUUCUGAUUCCGUCUUGGCAAAGAGUAAAAUGGAUGGCAAUGAGAGUAGGCAUCACGCUGUCCCCGACGACUCAAAAGCCCCUCUGCUUCCAAUAUCUGAUUCAAUCACCGUCAAGUCAUCCCACAGCCUCAAUUCAUGUAUUCAAUCCGUCUUCACCCUCCAAAACUUCUUCAUUCUUUUAGGCCCCUUACUGUGCGCCGUUAUUUGCCUGUGCGUAAAAUUUGAUGGUCCGGGGAGUAGUGGGACCGCCACCGCCGCCACCAGCCGGAACAUGUUGGGUGUUCUGGCGUGGAUGUUCGCUUGGUGGCUCACGGAGGCCGUUCCGAUGCCCAUCACUUCCAUGUCGCCCCUCUUUCUCUUUCCCCUCUUCGGGAUUGCUUCCUGCGACGAUGUUGCGGAAGCUUAUAUGGAUGAUGUGAUUUCCCUCGUCCUUGGAAGUUUCAUACUUGCUCUGGCUGUUGAGCACUAUAACAUACAUAGAAGAUUGGCCUUGAACAUAACUCUGGUAUUUUGUGGUGAUCCCUUGAAUCCACCGUUGCUUCUGCUGGGGAUUUGUGCCACGACAGCGUUUGUGAGCAUGUGGAUGCACAACGUGGCAGCGGCGGUGAUGAUGAUGCCCGUAGCUACUGGAAUUCUGCACAGGUUACCGUCGGGCCCCACUCGGUCCAACGAAGUCACUAAUUUCUGCAAGGCUGUCGUGCUGGGCGUAAUUUACUCCGCCUCCGUGGGAGGGAUGAGCACGCUCACCGGGACCGGUGUCAACCUCAUAUUGGUGGGGAUGUGGAGGAGUUAUUUCCCUGAGGCCGAUCCCAUCAGCUUCAGCACCUGGUUCUUCUUCGGCUUCCCGCUGGCUUUGCUCAUUUUCUUUGCUUUGUGGGCUAUACUUUGCUUGUUGUACUGCAGGAAGAGCUCCGGCCAAGCUCUCUCAGCCUAUCUCGAUAAAUCCCACUUAAGAAGGGAGCUUGACUUGCUUGGUCCAAUGGCUUUUGCUGAAAAGAUGGUUCUAGCCGUGUUUUCUAUAUUGAUACUGUUAUGGAUGACGAGAAGCAUCACAGAUGAUACUCCCGGAUGGGGCGCUCUAUUCAAGGGGCGCGCUGGUGAUGGAACUGUUAGUGUGAUGAUGGCAACCCUGUUGUUCAUAAUUCCAAACAAGAAGCAGAAGGGAGAGAGAUUAAUGGACUGGAACAAAUGCAAGAAGCUGCCAUGGAACAUCGUACUACUCUUAGGGGCAGGCUUUGCAAUAGCUAAUGGAGUGAGGUCAAGCGGGCUGGCAGACAUCUUAUCCAAGGCUCUGGAUUUCUUGGAGGCUGCCCCAUACUUGGCCAUUGCUCCAAUUGUUUGCCUGAUUAGUGGGACAAUCACCGAAUUCACAUCUAAUAAUGCCACCACAACCCUUGUAGUCCCACUCCUGAUCCAAAUUGCAAAGACGAUGCAUUUGCACCCACUCCUCCUCAUGGUGCCAGGUGCCAUUGGGGCACAGUUUGCUUUCUUGCUCCCAACAGGAACUCCUUCAAACAUUGUGGGUUUUACAACCGGACAUAUUGAGAUUCCGGACAUGAUCAAGACCGGAUUGCCCCUCAAGAUUGCUGGCACUUUAGCGCUGUCUAUUUUGAUGCCUACUCUUGGUACUCUUGUAUUUGGAACGGACAAAGAAGUUGUACACAUGACAAACGGUCCCUUCCUGCACAGGCAUCGAAUUUGAGCACUCAGCCAUUAUGGUUGUUGUUUAUUCAUUAAGCAAGCUUUACUUUCUAUUAGACGCGAGCUUAGAUUUUUUUUUUUUUUUUGGGGGGGUUUUCUUUUUCGUCCUCAUCCAUUCUGUAUUUAUUUGUAAGAUUCUAUUGUGGGGUCAAUAACUUCGUAGGGCUAAGGAAAUAGUCAUGUACUGCUAAUGAAUAGAGAAUGCUGCUGCAUUUUCAGCUAGUUUUCAAUGGAAGCUUGUGAGUUUCGUAUGAUUUUCAA